AACUGCUUCUCAUUUGCUUCGUCGCCAAGACUAGGGCACUCCACCACCACGCAGCAGGAUACCAGGGCCCUGGAUACGGCGGCUACGGAGGCUACGGCGGCUACAACGCUGCUACAGGCCGGCGCACCUUACCAGGGAUACGGUGCUUCCUCCUUGCCACCUCAGCCGUACAGUUUUGGCUACGACACGGCGGACGAGUUCGGCAACCGGCAGUUCCGUAGCGAGCAGGGCGACGCCAGCAACGUGAAGACUGGCUCGUAUGGAUACCGAGAUGUGAACGGUCUCUUCCGGCGCGUCAACUACAUCGCCGACGCCAACGGCUUCCGCGCCACAGUAGACACCAACGAGCCGGGCACCGCACCGGGAGCCAGUGCCGACGCCGUGUUCAACGCGUCCCCAGUGGUUCCACCGGUUCCUGGCGGAGCGGCGGCUCAGAAUACAUAUGGCGCGGGCGCAGGAGCGCCCGCUUACAACGGAUACGCCGGAUUCGGUAGUCGUGGAUACGAAUCCCUACAGUAGCGCAGCUGGAGCCUUCGGGUACGGUGUCUACGGCCGCAAUGGCUACGCUGCAAAUGGGCCCGUCCUCAGUGGCCACGCCUACGGGGGCCACGCUCAGCAAGGAUACGGUGCGGUUGGCUAUCCUCCAGGUGGAUAUGGGUCUGCUGGCUACGGUGGAUUGGCUGCAGGUCACCAUGGCUUCCGCCGUCGCAGAUAAAUAUGCUGCGCGAUGAUUGGAAAGCCGUACCUGCGAGUGACCUUUGGUUUGAUUACAAAGUUUUCAU